CUCUUGCAAACCCAACACUACAAUCGCAACAGACGUGACAACGUUUUAGUAUCCAAUCUUACUUGUUAAAUAAAUCUGCCAUAAUGAAGCUGUAUAUUGCUGCCGCUCUUUUAACCCUGGGCCUCGCCGCCCCCAUCACCGAGACUGAGUCUCACAGCAUUGCCAGCCGCGGCUCCUUUUCCUGCCCUGGCGGCCUGAUCAACAGCAGCCCCAUGUGCUGCAGCGUCAACGUCCUUGGUCUUCUAGCCCUUGAUUGCCGUAACGUUGGCCCAGAUGGCUGCGUUGGCAGCAGCAAGCCUAAUUGCUGCACUCUCGGAACUGCUGGACAGGGUCUUAUUUGCAAUGAAAUGUAAAUGAUGUGGGACAGAAAGCAGGGACCUUUUUGGCAUAGUCAUCCCUGUGAUGAUUAUAGCUCUAUAGGCUCUUCUAUAGAAACUCCAGCAUGUCAAAGUAACCACGAGCACUUAUUUCACUCUUGGCUAUAAAUUCAACGCAUCGCCGUGAAAACCCUUUAAAUUCGUGCCUACUCAAAUACUCAUUACCACUCCAAUAUUUUUCUCAUACACAGUAAAACUGAAAUAAGUAUCUAG